AUGCAAGCGGAUACCAUCAUUAACAACAGUUUCACCUCGUCCAGCACUCCUCAUGAGGCGGCGCAGAAUCUUUCUGGAAAUGCAUCGAGCGGUGGAGAGACGAUUGGUCCAAGUAAUACUGAAAUUAUUUCACAGGUCAUCAUUCUUCUUGUCGUGCUCAUAAUAUCAGUUGGAGGAAACGGACUAGUUUGCUUUCUCGUCUUUACAGUCAAACAACUACAAAUUCCUACAAACUAUUUCAUUCUUUCCUUAGCGAUGGCCGAUUUCUUAUUCGCAGUGAUGUGUCUGCCUUUUCGUAUCGUCAACAUUCUACAGAAUUACCAUUGGACACUAGGACUGGCCGCAUGCAAAUUCUGGAUCUGGUUAGAUUUACUAUUCUGUUCUGCCUCCAUCGCUAACUUAGCAGCCAUUAGCGUCGACCGCUAUUUAAAAAUCGCUUCUCCGCUAACCUACGACAUACGGAUGACAUCUGUGAGGGUGGUUUUGACUUUAAUAGCAUUAUGGGGAUACUCCGUAUGUCUUGCGUCGCUAUCUUUUGUACAGGGCGAAGCGCCAGGCAUUAUAGUCGUAAGACAAACGUGUUACAUUGACAACAAGAUCUUCUUGACAGUUAUUUCCGUCAUAGGAUUUUUCGCGCCUUUCCUUAUUAUGGUACUUAUGUAUUGCUUUGUUUUUAAAAUGGCUCUUGCUCAGGCAAAGGAAAUGUUUCGUCGGCAUGAAACACUUUACGCCGGAAAUAAACCGAACGCACGGCGAAAGUCAACCCGAAUGUCUGCUGGAACAAUUUUCUUCGAGGUGAAAGCAACCAAAACUUUGAUCAUACUUCUCAGCGUGUUUUGUGUUUGUUGGUCGCCUUUUUUCGUUAUGACGUUGCUGAGUCUUCACAGCCCAGAGGUUUAUCGAGGAUUACCUCGUUGGUUAUCCGUUUUACUGAAAGUCAUGUUCGUCCAUCUUUUGCCAAACUGCAACUCUGCCUUCAAUCCCAUUAUUUACACCAUUUAUAAUCAUCAGUUCAGGAAAGCUACUGAAAAACUUUUCAAGCACUAUAGGAGAGCAAGAUCUGGAAGUUUUACUUCUUUUUCUGAACCCCUAACAGAACUUAGAAGGAGUAACCAUGCAGCUUGUUCAAGACCUUCACAAACGACGUCAUCUUGUAUGCGUGAAGAAAGCGGCAUUUAA